AUGGCUUCUUUGCAGAUUUUAUCGCUUAUUACAGCAGCUACUUCUGUAGUGGCACUUGCUGGGACGCCCAAUGUCUACGCCAGCGGGCGUCGAAGUUCAUGCUACGAUGACACAACAGCCGAUAAUACCUGCUGUUACCUCUCUCCAGCACGGUUACUCCAGACCCAAGUAUGGGAUACUAGACCUGUCACUGGGCCUCUAGACUCCUGGACUAUCCAUGGGCUAUGGCCAAUCCAUAACGAUGGCUCUCUCCCUACCAACUGCGAUUCCAACCGCACAUACACAAACAUCACCCAGAUUCUCUACCACGCCGGCGCCGAAGAAACUGUCGAUGAGAUGAACAACCUCUGGGAAUCCCCCGACGGCGAUAACGACAAGCUCUGGCAGGACGAGUGGGCCACCCACGGAACAUGCUUCAGCACCCUGGACCCAGCCUGCUACGCCAACUACGAAGUCGCUGAAGAAGCCGUCCCGUAUUUCCAAAAGGCCGUUUCGCUCUUUAAGCGCCUUCCGACCUAUGACUGGCUCCGCGACGUCGGAAUCAUCCCCUCAUACUCCAUGCUGUACCACCUCUCCGACAUCCAAUCCGCGCUGGAGAAGCAUCACGGCUCACGCGUGUCGCUGCGUUGUGCGGGACAGAGACUACAAGAGAUUGGCUAUCAUUUUAAUGUUACGGGGACGUUGCAGAAUGGGUUCUUUACUGAUUCUGGUGCGAUUGGUGACUGGGGUGAUUGUCCUGAGCUGGUUUUGUAUGAACCCAAGGGCGAGAGCAAGAAGGCGAUUUUUAAGUUCGAGACGUUUCAUCCGCAUACCGCUGCGGACGUGGAGGAUCUUUAG